CUUUUACAAUGUGUGUGUGUGAUCACUUGCAGGUCAGAUAAUAGUCAGUACGCUGUGUGCGUUCCUCAUGCGGACUCGACGUGUGUGGCUGUUCUCAGCUCACUUGCUCCCUCUUCUGGCGCGUGUGGUGUCUGUCCCUCUGGACUGGCUCCUCACACUCUCCUCUGUGUCCAUGAUGAUCACAGGGGCCGAGAUGGCCGUCUUUCUCCUCGCCAACCUCUUUGUACCAUACAAACUGGCCAGAGCUACUUACAGAGAGAUAAUGGCAAUAGAGGUGACUGAGUUGUACAGAUUGAUGGCAGUCGGAGUGUCCCUCUGGCAUGGCUUUGCUGUGCCUGUAUUGUUUAGUGUAUUCUGGUUUGUGCUGUUCGGAGUGCAACUUGUUACCAAUUAUGGCACUAUCACUGGCGUCCAACAGGGUCCGCUACUCUAUCUCCUCACCAGUGUGUCUGAAUGCUGUGCUAGCCCAUACUCCCUGCUUGGCUUAACGUUUGUGGUGUCUUAUACGGCUCUGGGACUUCUGAGUCUCUGUAAGUUUUACCUUGGAGGAUUCAAUGCUCUCCAGAACCAUAAUGUCAUGCACAGGGGUGUGACGGAGGGAGUGACUCUGCUGCUGUUGGCCCUGCAGACUGGGUUGUUGGACAUGACGGCUCUACAGCGCUGCUUUCUGCUCUUUAUUAUCCUCUUCAUCGUUCUCACGUCUACUCUUCAAAGCAUGAGUGAGAUCACAGAGCCUGUUGUGUUGGGGCUCGGAGCUAGUAGAAACAGGAGUGUGUGGAAGCACUUGCGUGGUUUAUCUAUGUGUGGCUUUCUGCUGCUGUUUCCGGGAUUCAUGGCCUACAAGAUCUCUCAGUUUUUCAACAUGGAUUUCUGGCUGCUGAUCUUGGUCUCUAGCUGUAUGCUCACAUCGCUGCAGGUGACAGGCACUCUGCUGAUCUACAGCCUGUUCAUGGUGGAGGUCUGGCGCGGUGCUGCCCUGCCCGGAUUGGAUGAGAUUGUUUAUUAUGUGAAUGGAGUGUGCCGGGUGCUGGAGUUUGCGGUGGCUGUGUGUGUUGUGGCGUAUGGGGCGUGGGAGUCACUGUGGGGAGAGUGGAGCUGGAUGGGAGCAUCAGUCAUUGUCAUCCACUCCUACUGCAAUGUGUGGCUACGUGCCCAGGCUGGCUGGAAAAGCUUCUUGCUUAGACAAGAAGCUGCUCGCAAAAUCAAUGUACUUCCACGGGCCAGCGCAGAGCAGCUGCAGGACCAUAAUGAUGUCUGCGCCAUCUGCUUCCAGGAUAUGACAUCAGCAGUGAUCACAUACUGUGGUCAUUUCUUCCAUGGCAACUGUUUGAGAAAGUGGCUUUAUGUGCAGGAGACAUGCCCCAUGUGCCAUGCCUCCAUCAAACCCUCCUCGGCUAAUCCGACGGCUGCAGCAGGCGAAGCUCCACCGACCCACCAAAACCCACCUCCAUCAGAGCAACAGCCUUCUCCUGAGACCCGUCAGGAGGAAGUGCAGGGAUCACAGGGAGACCAUGUUUGCUCUGCAGAGACAAAUUGUGAUGAGUCUGAAAGGAAAUACUCAAACUCCGAGAGGAAUUGUAGCAAGGAGAGUCUCCAACACUUGCACUACGGUGCAAAUGGUGAUUCCCAAGGUGUGGCAAAUCCUGUACCCAGCUGCUCAUCACAUGGAGAAGUAGACCCAGAAGUAGCUUCUCAAGAGCUUAGGGAAGCGGACUGAAACAUAAGCUCAGCCAGAGAAGUGUGAAUCAGAGAAACUGCCAUGGCAACCAGACAGACUGACAGUGGCAGAAAACAGAGCAGAGCUCAGAGAAAGUGGGACGCACUGAAAGGAAGCCAUAACAAUAGAGGGUUUCAAAUAACAGAGACAGAAAUGCUGCAAAAGACUGCAGGUGCAUCAUUUACUCAGAAGACGUCCUGCUGAUUUUGUGUUAGGACUAAGCCGACCACAGUACCUCCGCAGCAUUAGAUCAUAGUUACCAAAUGAUAUUCAUUUUGAAGAAUCUCUUCUUGACAUAUGUAAAGAUAUAGAGUUGGAUGAUUCAAUGAUGAUUGUCCAGUUCUAAGGAAGACAUGAAAGAAUAGAUGCAUUACAAACUAAUUCCUGUUGGCAGUUACCAAUUCUGUGAAUUUCUUUUCUUUUUUUUAAAUGUAAUUUGGGACUUUUCUGUUGAGUUAUUUCAGAUACAGGUUAUGGUACAUGUGUGAAUUUCAUUCAUUCAUUCGUAAUGCGAUUGUUGAUCUGUGCCUCUGACUUUUCUGUAUUGCUUUUAUGUGAACUGACAUUAUGUAGUUGUAAUGAAGUGAUUUUUCUCUCAAACACAUUAUGUUUUGUGGAUGAGUUCUGCCAGAAUGAAUGGAUAAAAGACAGUCAAGGAAGUUGUGAGCUGUGCAUAAAGCAAAUAUCAGAUCAUUGUUAUUGGGGAGAUUCCAGGUGAGACUGUUUAACGGAGCAGAGAAUUACGAUUAAAGGCUUAUACAAUCACACUGAUUGAAAAGUUGUUUCACUCUUGCCCGAUUUCAUUUAAUCUGUGUGAUUUGGAGAUAGUUCUGUGUCUAGUUCACUGUUUCUUCUAUUGCCUUAAUGUUGUACGAUGAUUAAAACAACAUAUAUUAUUG